AUGUCUAGUGAAACUUCUCUUCAAGAAUCCACAUCUGAUGAUCGACGUUUUCUUCAUUUUACAAUGAAGAUAACUGAUCGUUUAGCAACAAAAAAAUUUUUUUGUAACAUCUUAGGUAUGAAAAUUCUACGUCAUGAAGAAAUGGAUAGUGGUUGUUCAGCACGAUGUAAUGGAGAUUUUGAUUCUCCAUGGUCAAAAACAAUGGCUGGUUAUGGAAAUGAAAAUUCAUUUUUUGCUUUGGAAUUAAAUUAUAAUUAUGAUGUUCAAGGUUAUGAAUAUGGUAAUGAUUUUUCAUCAGUUACAAUAUAUAAUCGACAAGCUGUUUCAAAUGCACGUCAAUAUCUUGAUAAGAAAUUUAUUGAAAUAGAUAAUAAACAAUCAAUUACAAUACGUUCACCUGAUGGUCAUCGUUUUAUAUUAAUUGAUAAAGAUGUUCAACCAGGUGAUGAUCCUGUUCGAUGUUUAUCAUUAAAUGUAUCAAAUUUAAAAACAUCUAUUGAUUAUUAUACACGUUUAUUAAAAAUGAAAAUCAAUGAAAAAGAAUCAAAUGAUAAUCAUGUUAAACUUUAUUAUGGUUUAAAAACAACUCAACAAUCAAAAGUUAAAACAAAAUCUGGUUUUCUUGUUGAUAAUCAAUGUCAACUUGAAUUAAUUGAAGUUAAACAUUCUAUUGAUCGUGGUACGGGUUAUGGUAGAAAAGCUUUUUCAUGUCCAAAAAAUGAUGUUGAAGUAAUAGAAAAUAUAAUAGAAAAAGAAGGACAUGAUAUACUUAUACCAGCUAUGGAAUUAGGUGGAUUCUUAGGUUUUAAUAAAGAAAAAAUUGUUAUUCUUUCAGAUCCUGAUGAACAUGAAAUAUGUUUUGUUGGUGAAGAAAAUUAUUUUAAAGGAUGUGAAGCAGAUCCUGAUGCUGAAAAGAAAUUUUAUAAAGGUCUGGAAAAUAAACCUGAUGAUCCAAAUAAAUAUUUAAUUGGUGAAGAUAAAUCAACAAAACAACAAGACAAGCAAUAG